CUUUAAAAUACCAAGAUAAAUAAAAACAAAUAAAAUUACAGCGCUCACAAUACAAAUUGCUCCUUCCACGGAAAACAAACGCAGAUUUGUACCACCACGGAAAAAGGCGAAAAGCGCGAUGAAAAUGCUCGCGGACACAGAGCGGGAGGAGGCUCUCAAUUUGCAAAUUGAAUUCGAGUGGGUGCUGCGCCAAGAAGUUCACGCGAUAUUGAAGCAACUGCGGACCAUUUUGGUGGAAUGCGCGCAUCGGUUUCCGGUGCCGCUCUAUGAAAAUGAGGGAAAGAAGACUGAGAAGUUCAUACUCACCGUGUCGCCCGAUCAACUAAAGGCAGUGCUGACCCUCACCGGCGAUGCCAUCACACAGGCUGAUAUUAGCUUUAAGCUGUGCAAGGCCCCGAGCCAAACACAACGCACCUCCAUUACACAGGACUCGCCCUGGAAGCUGCAACAGGUCCAGGAUGCGGCCAACCAUCUGCAGACAGCCAUCAAUCACAUCGACGAUGUCGACGACUCUUAUCACUUCAAAACCUCCGACGAAGUGCUGCAUGUGAUAGGCAACAUUCUGGAUGCUCUGCAGCGGGGACGGAACAGUUUACUGGUGCCCAAGAAGAAACCCAUUGACGAGUUGAUAAAGGGCCGCAACAUGAAAUCGCUGGUGCCCAACCUGCCCGAGGACUUGGCUGUUAGCUUCUAUCUGCAGAGCCACAAGCUUAUUAUAGCGGUCUACCAACUGUUAAAUAACCAAGGCACCAUGCGCUUUGAUUCCCGCCAGGCGGAGGCCUCCGUUCAGUGGCUAAACGAUGUGUUGCUGUUACUCAUGAAUGGCCAGAAGCUGUGCCAGCAAUUAAAAGACAAGAUAUCUGUGUUUUCCGUGUACAAAGAUUUCACAGUUGGAUCGCGAUCUCCAUCGGCGCUUUCGUAUUGAAAAUGGAAUGAAGACAUCGGCGAGGAAGGUUACUGAUUAACCUAUCCAAACUGCGGAGCGGCAUUAGACAGAAACAAUAACAACAAUAAUAGCUAAUAAAGAACCGUACUUGUAAUAGCGAAGUAAAUAAUGUUAGUUGAAAUGUUGGCACGCCCCAUAAUACCAAUGCUAUAUACAGAGUUCAGAGUUAUAUACAUACAUACAUACAAGCUAGUUUAAUAUACCGAGUCGACAUUCAACAUUUAUGAUAAAUAACGAUUACGCAUUACCGUAGAACUUGAGUUCAUCGCUUCACGUCACUCCAAUUGUGCAUCAAAAUGCAUCUAAAUAGACAUUAGGCUGGAAGGCAAGAAACAAAAUGAUUGUGAAAAAUAAUAAGAGGAAAACCAAUUGUGUUUUGUAUGUGUAACUAAAUGAAAUUGAUAGAUAAUUAUAGUUUAUUCGUACGUGUAAUUUAAUGUAAUAUACUAUGUCCCUUAUUUAUGUUUGCAAGCGCAAUCAAUUCAAUCCAAAUGAAAUCCACCAAGUCAGCAGUCAGUCGUCGGUACUUAAGAUCGGUACUUACAACCUAUACACCCAAAAAAAUAUAUACACAUAUAUUAAUAUAGGUAUAUAUGUGCAUGAUACAUUGGCAUUUACAUGAUAUUGUUGUAAUAAACCAAACCGAAAUGUGAACAGAAUUUUUAAUUGUACUAAACACCGUUUUGUAUUCGUAUUCGUAAUUGUAUAUCCGUAAUUGUAUUUCGCGUACUCGUUAAUUGUUAAUGGUUAAUGGUUAAGCGCGCCUAAUCCUAAUCUAAUCCAAAGUCAUUUGUAUCAACGGCCUUUACUUCUCGUUUACUUUAUACACCUACCAGGGGAGCUUAUACAGCUAAAGCUAGGGAGCUAAGGAGAUGAGAUGCAACGAAAACAAUUACCAUUGUACUUAUUGAAUAUAACAAUUGCCUAAGCACCCAAUCAAUUGCAUGGGAUGGAUAAGAUGAAGACAACUAUUUAUGUAAUCACUAAGCGUACUUACUGUCCACAUUCAUUUAAUUGUUGUUGAAUAAAAAUUACCUUUUACCAAAA